AUGACCGACUCGCACCCCUCUCGCAGCUCUCACCGCACGGUUCCAUCGGUGUCGGAGCGCCGUCGGUCUGCAGCCGGUACAAGUUUAAACCUUCACGACUCCGAGGAUCAUCGCUCCUCCAUAGGCCAUGCGUUUCGGACUGCAAGUCCCACGAGUAGCACGCUAGGGGGCAGUCCGAUCCUGACCGGGGACCCGCAUCAUCAUCGAGCCCCCUCAUUGGGGGAACUGCAUCAAGAGUUGGAGCAAGAACAAGAAGCUCAAGUGAAUCGAUUGCUGCAGAUGAUUCGCAGCCAACAGACGCAACUCCAACAACUCCAACAGCAACAGUCUUCGUCACAGCCACACCAAACGGCUGCCAUUGAUGAUUCCUCGGACGAAAGAUCUAAUUCAUUCCCUUCGAUCCCUCCAAUGCCCCCUGCUGGUAGCCGGGCGUCUAUCUCUCAGCUGUCUCUCUCCAGCCGGCGACCGUCACGACCCUCCAGUCAGAAUGCCUCUCCUAGCCUCCGACCGCGGGCUUCAGUUGAGUCAUGGCGUGGCCCAGAUGGCUUGGAAGGAUUCACAGGCACCGGUGACAGUCAACGUAGUGGCAGGGAUGAGAGUGCCUUCUACCAGACAGAGGCAGCUAUGUUGAGCCGAGAGAAUCAGAUGCUCCGGCAGCGCAUUCGUGAUUUGGAACGACACAUCGGUGAGCUGACCACCUCUUCUACUACCCAAUCGGGGUCGGGGGCCGCCACAGAGGCGGCCGAAACCGCAGAUCCCCAUGCAUCUACCGGAGUGGGAUCGACAAACGAGACCGCCAACAAGACCUGA